AUUCUUAUUAUUACUAUUUUGUUUCUCAGAUCAUCAUCCGAACACACUCAAAACCUGACAAUGGCAGACGAUGACGCUGACUUUCCCUCCUCGACGACGAACGCUGGACCAGCAGCAGCAGGGGCGACCUCUUCUUCCUCCUCCUCCUCCGCUGCUGCUGCUGCUGCCGCCAACCCCAACGCCGCUGCUGGUGCCGACGACGACAACGCGGGUGCUGCCCCUUCAGCGCCGUCGCCGUGGACGCUCCGCAAGCCGCCGACCAAGGACAAAGUCAUUGUUCAAUUCCGAGCUGCAGGCAAUGCGCCGCUGAUGCGCCAGAAAAAGUUCAAAAUCACAGCCAGCGAAAAGUUCCAGACGGUGAUUGAGUUUUUGCGGAAACAGCUCAAGUUCAAGCCCACCGACCCGCUGUUCUUGUAUAUUAACCAAGCGUUCUCGCCUGCACCUGACGAAAUUGUGCGAAAUUUGUAUCAGUGCUUUGAGAUCAAGGGCCAACUCGAUAUUCAGUACGCGACAACGCCCGCAUGGGGCUAAACCGAACAAUCCGUGUCGAUAUCUCUUUCCGGGUUUGUCGUGAUUGGUCUUCCAUUUGCGUGUGUACACCGCCCCCCCCCGCCUCCGUCUUGCCUUUGUGUGCGUGUGUGUAAUGUUGUGAAUUUCGAGCUCUUGCAUCAUUGCUUCAUAGGAGGAAAUUGUCAAAGCCGACCACACAGGCAAACCCUGUGAAUCUCGCUCUUUCUCAGAGUCGCUUCAUUUCAAUUCGAUCUCUACAUUAUUGAUUGGAACAUGCAG